AUGGAGGAGCAAUCAGUAACCCCUCCAGGGAAGCGGAAGGCGCCCGAGGAAGGCGAAGUUGAGGAUACCCCUCGGCAGGAUUCUGCUCAGAAGCGUCAGAAUGCGACGAGGAGUUGCGUGCAUGAGGUAGCAGUGCCUAGUGAUUAUACCUCUCCUAAAGAUGGAGCUAACUAUGGAACUCUGUCGAAUCCAGUGUACAAUGGUGAGAUGGCCAAAACCUACGAGUUUGUGCUCGAUCCGUUUCAGAAGGUAUCCGUUGCCUGUUUGGAAAGAAAAGAGUCUGUUCUCGUCUCUGCGCAUACUUCGGCUGGGAAGACAGCAGUGGCUGAGUAUGCGAUUGCAAUGGCAUUUAGAGAUAAGCAGAGGGUUAUAUAUACUUCCCCGCUGAAAGCUUUGAGUAACCAAAAAUAUAGGGAGUUGCAGCAUGAGUUUGAAGAUGUUGGUUUGAUGACUGGUGAUGUGACGCUCUCACCCAAUGCUAGUGUUUUGGUGAUGACAACGGAGAUUCUUAGGGGAAUGCUUUACCGGGGAUCGCAGAUUUUGAAGGAAGUUGCAUGGGUUAUCUUUGAUGAAAUCCAUUACAUGAAAGAUCGUGAGAGAGGGGUUGUUUGGGAGGAGAGUAUCAUCUUUUUGCCACCAGAGAUUAAAAUGGUUUUCCUCUCUGCCACAAUGUCGAAUGCUACAGAGUUUGCAGAGUGGAUUUGCCGUGUGCACAAGCAGCCUUGUCAUGUGGUAUAUACUGAUUUCAGGCCGACACCUUUGCAGCAUUAUGUCUUCCCUGUUGGUGGAUCUGGCCUAUACCUUGUUGUUGAUGAGAAUGAACAGUUCAGAGAGGAGAAUUUUAUGAAGCUGCAGAAUUCCUUCUCAAAACAGAAAACCGGUGAUGGGAAUAAGAGUGCUAAUGGUAAAGGAGGCGGUAGGAUUGCAAAAUCCGGGAAUGCUUCUGGAGGGUCGGACAUAUACAAAAUUGUGAAGAUGAUUAUGGAGCGGAAGUUUCAACCUGUUAUCGUUUUCAGCUUUAGUAGAAGAGAGUGUGAACAGCAUGCAAUGUCCAUGUCUAAGCUGGACUUUAAUACACCAGAGGAGAAGGAAAUGGUGGACCAAGUGUUCAAUAAUGCAAUACAAUGCUUGAAUGAAGAAGAUAGAAGUUUGCCUGCUAUUGAAUUGAUGUUGCCACUACUUCAGCGAGGUAUCGCUGUACAUCAUUCUGGUCUGCUUCCUGUCAUUAAGGAAUUGGUCGAGCUUCUUUUCCAAGAAGGCCUUGUAAAGGCAUUAUUUGCUACAGAAACAUUUGCAAUGGGUUUAAACAUGCCUGCCAAGACUGUUGUUUUUACAGCGGUUAAGAAGUUUGAUGGUGAUAGUCACCGUCACAUAGGAUCUGGUGAAUAUAUCCAGAUGAGUGGAAGAGCUGGUCGGCGUGGCAAAGAUGAUCGCGGUAUCUGUAUCAUAAUGAUUGAUGAGCAGAUGGAGAUGGAGACUCUCAAAGAUAUGGUUCUGGGUAAACCAGCUCCUCUAGUUAGUACUUUUAGGCUGAGCUACUAUUCCAUUUUAAACUUAAUGAGCCGUGCGGAAGGCCAGUUCACUGCCGAGCAUGUGAUUAGAAAUUCGUUCCACCAAUUUCAAUAUGAAAAGGCUUUACCUGAUAUUGGCAACAAGGUUUCAAAACUUGAACAGGAAGCUGCUACCUUGGCUUCAUCUGGAGAUGGCAAAAUUGCUGAAUAUCAUAAGCUGAAGCUAGAAAUAGUGCAACUAGAGAAAAAGAUGAUGACAGAAAUCACAAGGCCUGAAAGAGUACUUUAUUAUUUAUGCCCUGGUCGACUGGUCAGAGUCAGAGAAGGUGGAACAGAUUGGGGUUGGGGAGUUGUAGUGAAUGUUGUGAAGAAGCCCUCUUCAGGGAUGGGUGCACUGCCCUCUCGUGGUAGUGGCUACAUAGUGGAUACUUUACUUCACUGCACACAGGGACCAAGUGAGGGUGGCUCAAGGCCCAAACCUUGUCCUCCCCGGCCUGGGGAGAAAGGAGAGAUGCAUGUGGUCCCUGUUGAGCUCCCUCUGGUUUCUGCUCUCAGUAAAGUGAGAAUUACCAUUCCAUCUGAUCUCCGACCAUUGGAAGCAAGGCAAAGUAUACUUAUAGCACUGGAAGAACUAGGAUCUCGGUUUCCUGAAGGUCUUCCAAAACUUAAUCCAGUGAAGGAUAUGAAAAUUGAAGAUCCUGAAAUUGUUGAGUUGGUCAAGCAAAUAGAAGAACUGGAAAGGAAGUUACAUGCACAUCCAAUGCAUAAGUCUCAAGAUGUGAAUCAAAUUAAAAGUUUCCAAAGGAAGGCAGAGGUGGAUCAUGAAAUUCAACAACUCAAGUUAAAAAUGCGAGACUCUCAGCUGCAAAAAUUUCGUGAUGAACUCAAGAACCGUUCACGAGUCUUGAAAAGACUUGGUCAUAUAGAUGGUGACAGUGUUGUUCAGCUAAAGGGUCGGGCAGCCUGUUUGAUAGACACAGGAGAUGAACUUCUUGUAACUGAACUCAUGUUUAAUGGUACCUUCAAUGACCUUGAUCAUCACCAAGUUGCAGCUCUUGCAAGUUGUUUCAUUCCGGUGGACAAAUCAAACGAGCAAAUACAUUUGAGAACCGAGCUUGCUAAACCAUUACAACAGCUCCAAGAAAGCGCAAGAAAAAUAGCAGAGAUACAAUACGAGUGCAAGUUGGAAAUAAAUGUAGACGAGUACGUCGAGUCAACUGUGCGGCCAUUCUUGAUGGACGUGAUUUACUGUUGGUCAAAGGGAGCUAGUUUUGCAGAAGUUAUACAGAUGACUGAUAUCUUCGAGGGCAGUAUCAUUCGAAGCGCCAGACGGUUGGAUGAAUUCUUGAACCAGUUACGUGCAGCUGCUCAGGCCGUCGGAGAAACCAGUUUGGAGGAGAAAUUCGUAGCAGCUUGCAAAAGCCUUCAACGUGGGAUUAUGUUCGCAAACUCUCUGUAUCUGUAA